UAUGGUUUUAUUUCCGGUCGGUCAAAGUAUCCAGUGCUGAUCCUCUCACAGCGCCUCAACACAUACUUACUAAGCUAAAGUUUAUCCACAAUGACAGCGCGGAAUAUAUCUCGGUUCUGGGAGUGGGGACGGAAGAUAAUUUGCGUCGGGAGAAACUAUGCAGACCACGCUAAAGAGCUGAAAAAUGCCAUUCCCACAGAGCCUGUCCUGUUCUUGAAACCCCCGUCUGCGUAUGUGAGAGAGGGCUCCCCCAUCCUGGUGCCUCUGUACAGCAGCAACCUGCACCACGAGGUGGAGUUAGGGGUGGUCAUCGGCAAAGGGGGCACAGCCAUCCCCCAGUCCACCGCCAUGGAGCAUGUGGCGGGCUACGCUCUGUGCUUGGACAUGACAGCCCGAGACAUCCAGGACGAGUGCAAGUCCAAGGGUCUUCCCUGGACCCUGGCCAAGGCCUUUAACACCUCCUGUCCUGUCAGCGACUUCAUCCCCAAAGAGCGCAUCCCUGACCCGGGGAACGUCAAGCUCUGGUUGAAGGUGAACGACCAGCUGCGGCAGAGCGGCUGCACCUCGCAGAUGAUCUUCUCGGUCCCCUAUCUGAUCAGCUACAUCAGCGACUUCAUCAGUCUGGAGGAGGGGGACCUAAUUCUGACCGGGACUCCUAAAGGAGUCUCCGCCGUGCAGGAGCACGAUGAGCUGCAGGCUGGCAUCGAGGACAUAGUUAUGAUGAACUUCAAAGUGGAGAGACCAGACCACUAGGAAGAAAAAAACCUGAGAGCAACCAGCAGAUGGCAGUACUGAGCCACCAACUAUCUUAUUAUUUGCCUUAAUCAGGAUUUGAUUAAUUUAAAGAUUAUUGUGUGAUCAGGUUAAUCUAAGCUGCACUUUAAUUAUCAGUUGUACUGUAAACGGAACUCCAAUGCGGAUCAGGGAUGUAAAAACCUUUUGUAGUGGACAAUGUUUCUGACUUAAACAGCAGACGUAAACAUUUUAAUAAACAGUUGUUAAGGUGUUUUAUUACAAAGCUUCAACAUCUAAAAUUAAAUUCCAAGUAAAAUGAAUAAUUCUGUUCACA